AUGUCGGGUACGCGAGCAGCUAGGCAAGCCACGGGCUUGUUCAAAACGUCAAUUUAUACUGGAACUGCAUUUGGAGCCGGAUUUGGGGCAGCGUAUUUGACCGCAGAGCACAAGGAACUGGAUAGAUCUCUGACCCAGGGCCACCCGUAUGUUCAAAAGCUAGAGGCAGAGGGAUUCAAAGUAGAGUCAAGCUUAAUGAGUGUGCCAAAGCACCAUUUGCCAAACAUGAUCACUACGGGCGCAUUCCACGCCGGAGGAUUGGGAUUGGCGCCAGCAACCUUGCUUGUGCAUCCCGAUGGACGGCAUCAGACGAUUUUCUAUCUUGGCAAAGAAUUGCGACACGAGCACCCUGCUACGUGGACGCAUAAAGUGUGGCGGUAUUUAUUUGGAGCAUCGGAAGCGUCUCAUUUUGGAAUUGGCACAACCCUGCUAGAUGAGGGCUUGGCCCAGUGCGCUUUCCCUUAUCUACCUACAAAGUACGGAGUCACUGCAACACUGGAUGUGCACAUGAGGCGAUCUCUGCCCUCAGACGACUACCUGGUUCUGGUGGCUGUACCUGGAGAUCACAGUGGCCGCAAGUCGUCUGCGUCCGGCUCUCUCCACGCGUUGCACGGCACCAAAUUAGGCCCCGAGCUGAUGAGCGGAAGGGUGCUGAUGGUGGAGCCAUGGUACUUUAAGUAUUUGACGUGGGCACUGCCCUCUCGAACCUAA